GUGGAAGAAGAACCAGUUGUUCUCCAAAUCGAAAAGCGUUUCAGAAAAAUAUUUCACCAAUCUCGGCCACAUCUUCAAAAGCAGCUGAGAAACCGACGAGUAUUGUUCGGGUGGUGACGCAGCAGAAAAAAUCUACAUCUAGUAAUACCUUGUCAACACUACAGCCUGGUGUAUCACCAACUAGAAAAACUAAUACGGAACAACCGAAGCGGCUUCAACGUCUUAGCAAAGAACAUGCGGUCGCAGUUAAAAAGGCUACUAUUGCUGCUCCAAAGAUCAUCACCACAGAACAAGAGGAUGACACUCAGAGAGCACUGUUGCGUGAGACACUACAUUUAGCCAGAAACGACUUGACGGAAGAAAAUUAUUUUCUGUUAUUGGACUUCUUCUUGUCGAGUUCGUGUCGAAGCGUACGAGACCGUGGCUGCGAAUUGAGUGACCGGCCAAAUCUAUACCACCGUUGGAGCCAUGUUUUUUACGAAGAUGACAUGUGA